GAGGAGUUGAAGACUGAUUUUAGAAGCUUCAACAAGUGUUGCAGCAUCAUUUCCAUACAUUUUCAAGCUUCCAUUGGCAGCAAGAGGAACUAGAAUGGCAUCUACAUCUUCCUCCAUUGGCAAUGAACAAGUAAUUGCAAAACAAAGAAAUGAUCCAAAUUCUCCCUUAUGGAAAUAUGUGGACAUUAUAAAACAACUUCCGGGAGGUGGGGGAUUCCGUUGGAAAUGCCAUGGAUGUGAUAUUGAACGUAAUAGUUCAUAUUAUCGAGUGGUAGGCCAUUUGUGUGGAAUAAAAGGAAGAGGCAUCAAAAAAUGCCCUGGCAAAAAUGGUAAACCUAUACCAGAUGAGAUAGUGAUGAAAUAUAUUAGGGAGCAUGAGGCAGCAGAAGAGAGGGAAGCCCGUAGAUUGAACCAAACCGCAUCAAAGAAAACAAGGGGAAUGCAAGGCCCUUCUAAUCCCAGUAUUGUAGUAGAAGACCACCCCUUCUUUGCCACAAAUGAACCUCAAAGUGCACCACCCUUGACACGUAAAAGAACAAAAGGGCCUUUAGAAACCGCAUUCCAAAAUGAGAGUAGAGACAAUGCUGAUCAAGAUAUAGUAAGGUGCAUUUAUGCAAAUGGUUUGUCAUUCAAUGUUGUUCGCUCCCCAUAUUGGAAGCAAAUGAUAAAAAGUGUUAAUGAGGCACCAAGAGGGUAUAAGGGCCCCGGUUAUGAGAAGGUACGUGGAACAUUAUUGGAGAAAGAGGUGAAGAGGGUUGAAGAUGCAUUGAAACCCAUAAGGGAUUCGUGGGUUGAGACAGGUGUAACAAUUGUUUCAGAUGGGUGGAAAGAUGCUAAAAACCGUCCCUUGAUCAAUGUCAUAGCGGUGUCCCCUAAAGGGGCAAUGUUUUUGAGAGCUGUGGAUUGUGAGGGCCAAAUAAAAGAUGGCGAAUUUAUUGCAGAAAUUCUCAUCUCUGCCAUUGAGUCUGUGGGACCCCGCAAUGUUGUCCAAGUCAUAACGGACAAUGCAAAAAAUUGUAGAGCUGCUGGUUUGUUGGUUGAGCAACGCUAUGAUCACAUCUUUUGGACACCUUGUGCGGUACAUUCGCUCAAUCUUAUGCUACAAAGGAUUGGGCAAAAAAUAAAAUGGAUCAGAGAUGUGUAUGCAGAGGCUGAGGACAUCCAGAUGUUCAUCACAAACCACCACAUGUCUCAAGGGAUUUUUAGAACCUAUUCGAAUUUGGAGCUAUUGAAGGUAAGUGAAAUAGUAAUUUAAUUUUACAUUUUCUGAUUUUUUUGAAUUUUCAAUGUUAAUAAUAUCAUUGUGUAAGCUAUAUUGUGUAUUCUUCUUUAAAGUUUGGCUUUAUUUUUUAAUAAUUUGGCAUUAAUUUGUGUUAUAGGUUGCUGAGACCCGUUUUGCAUCAAACACAAUCGUCUUAAGACGACUUGUGAAAGUUAGAGUGGCACUAUGCAAUAUGGUGAUCAGCACCAAUUGGACUGUAUGGAAGCAAAGUAGCACUGAGAGGGCAGGAAAAAUUAGGGAUAGAAUAUUGGAUGAGAAAUGGUGGGAUCUUGUUACAUAUCUCCUAAGUAUCACUGAGCCCAUCAUGAGCAUGAUUCGCUAUACAGACAUGGAUAGGCCUUGCAUAGGUGAGAUUUAUGAUGGCAUUGAUUCAAUGCUUGAAAAAAUAAAGUUCACUAUAAAUGAAAAAGAGAAUGAUCCUCAGGAGAAAUUCUUCAAAGAACUGGAAUUAAUUAUUGUAGAGAGGUGGAAUAAGAUGACCACUCCUUUGCACCUUCUUGCCUAUGC